AUGGCCAGUCCAGCUUGCGCAGUCCCGCCUGUAGCAUCCACUAGCACUAGCGAUCCAACCGCCGAGCUGACAGAGCAGGUGGCCAGUCUAUCAGUCGAAGAUGAAGAAGCUAGGAUCAGGGCAUGCCUUAAGGACGCGGAAGGGCUGAAGCAGCAGGGAAACGAUUACUUUAAGGCAGGGAAAUGGAACGAAGCUCUGGCAGCGUAUCAGUCGGCGCUGGGGCGGCUGCCGAAGCGGCCGGUGAAGGAGGAAGAGCGAGGGAAGGGCAAGGGAAGGGAGGUCGACGAUGAACCCAAGCUGGAUCAGGAGCCGCAAGAGGAUGCCAAUGCGGAGGGUGGCACAGACGUAAAGCAGGACCAGGAGGAGGAACCGGAACCGGAACCUACUGAGCUGGAGAAGGAGUGUGCUAAAGCGAGAGCGGUCAUGAAUGCAAACGUUGGGGCGUGCCAUGUCAAACUUAACGAGUACAAGGAAGCCGUAGCCGCAUGUACAGAGGCGAUCGCGGAUGACCCACUGUACAUCAAAGCAAUACAGCGUCGUGCCGCUUCCAACGAGCAAAUCGGAAACUGGUCGGCCCUCGCCGCUGCACAAGAAGACUAUGACCGGUUACUGGCCCUCCUUCCGGCGUCUUCUGCGCAAGCAAGAGAGGUGCAGUACAAGCUGCGGACGCUGAAACCCCGUGUCGAGGCCGCGCAAAAGAGGGAGAUGGCCGAGAUGUGGGACAAGCUGAAGGGCGUCGGGAACAGCAUCCUAGGCAAUUUCGGGCUGUCGACGGACAACUUCAAAUUUGAGCCGAACGGGCAGGGCGGGUAUUCGAUGAAUUUCGUGCGAUGA